AUGUCAAUAUCUGCUGCCGCAGACCGUAGAAACUUCUCUGUCUACCGAGGCCCGCCUCAGGGAGGUACACCAGAAGAUAUGCAAACGCCACCGAGAGCUAAUACUGCAGAAGAAUUCCACGACAGGCGCAGCGCGCGUCAGAGACUGAAUGCAAAGCCUGCACGGAUAUAUCACGACAUGGUCCGACAGACCAGGUUGAGCGACGAGAAACACGUGCAAAAGCUUAUUGCUUUCGUCGAUCGCUCACAACAUCCAUACAUAGGCGUCGGCACUCAUUGCGGUUACAAUUAUAGGCUCGAGCAAAUCACGGGCUUGCUUGUGGUAUCUGAAGAGAACAUUUGGCACGACGAUCCCCACGAGUGUGCUCACGGCUACAUUGUGGGCAUCGACAUCCCCGACGGCUGGCGCCUCACCAACGACACCUCCGUUGAGAGUGUCCGUAGGCGCGCCGGACGCAAGCGCAAGAAUCGCUCCAGUGAGGAGAGCUACUUCAGCGCCUCAAGCUCUUCCUCCGAGGAUAGCACUUUCGACCCAGAGAACAAAUAUGGUUUCGCAUUCAUGCAGCUCGGUAAAGCUAUGAAUAUCAGCGCCUCGGACUUUGAAAAUGCGAAGGUGCAGGCCGAGGAAGAGUCGAAUAUGAGAUGGGAGUACUCUGGUUACGUCGUCGGCGUCACCACUAACGGCCCCGAUGGCAGGCAGCCGGGCACGCCAGGUAAAGUCUGGCUCUUGUAUUACUUCAAUCCACAGGACAAGCUUACUGGCUGCGUCUUUCACCUGGACAAAUCCUCGGAAUGGGGCUAUCUGCUUGGUCAAGAGUGUGGCAAUGGUGACUCAGAGCGUCGUGGAGGCUUCAAGAUCGCCAACAGCUUCGCUGAGCUUAGGCCGGACUUCCAGUGGAACAUCGACAAGUACUUCGAUCGUGUCUAUGAUAUGACUCCGGCCCAGAUAUUCAAAGACCACACUCUUGGCUCUUUCAUCGCCAGGCAACCUCUGAACGCAUAGGUAGCCGCAGAGCUUGCUGCGGCAGAGCUGGAGAGGGAGAGGGUGUCGUACCACCAGGAGAACGUUCGUUUUAGAGAGAGCUCUUCGGAUGAGGAUCACAUGGAAGACUAGAGCGAUGACGACCCGACUGGAACGUCAGCGUGCGUAGGCAGAACAAUAAUGGUCGACCUGAGUGAAAUGCGAAACAUCAACUUCAGAAAAGCUGCAUUACGUGCCCGCGAUCCAGAAUGGAGCGGAUCGGUAUG